GGGUCGUCCCGUGGCGGGUGGCAGCUCCUGGGGCCGGGCCGUGUCAGGGUGCGGGCGGGCGCCGGUCGGCUGCUUGGGUGGCUGAGCGCGGUGCCAGGCGGGGCAGCUCUGGGGCUCUCGCGUUCGGUCGGAGGGAGACGCAGAAAAAGGAAAAGCGGCGUUGCUUCGAAUAACAUGCUUGGAAUUACUUGCUAGUGUUGGUUACCUGCACCCUAGCACAAGAACUCCAGCUUAAUUCUUUUCAACCCUUCUGUCAGAACAUGGGGGAAAACGAUGAUGAAAAAUACAGUCAAGCUGGCCAGAUAUUUGAAAACUUUGUCCAAGCAACAACAUGCAAAGGUACCAUUCAGGCCUUUAAUAUUCUCACACGCCAACUUGAAUUAGAUCCUUUGGACUGUAAGAACUUUUACAGCAAACUGAAGUCAAGAGUGACCACGUGGAAGGCCAAAGCUUUGUGGAACAAGCUUGAUAAAAGAGCAAGUCACAAAGAGUACAAACGUGGAAAAUCUUGUAUGAACACUAAGUGUUUAAUUAUUGGAGGUGGCCCAUGUGGCUUGCGGACUGCCAUAGAACUUGCCUUCCUGGGAGCCAAAGUUGUCGUCGUAGAGAAGCGGGACACUUUUUCAAGAAACAAUGUGUUGCAUCUCUGGCCGUUUACAAUCCAUGACCUCCGGGGACUGGGAGCAAAGAAAUUCUAUGGGAAAUUCUGUGCAGGAUCCAUUGAUCACAUCAGUAUUCGACAACUUCAGCUUAUCCUUUUCAAAGUUGCACUUAUGCUAGGAGUUGAAAUCCAUGUGAAUCUAGAAUUUGUGAAAGUCCUGGAACCCCCUGAAGAUCAGGAAAAUCAAAAGAUAGGUUGGAGGGCUGAGUUUCUCCCUGUGGAUCACCCUUUGUCAGAGUAUGAAUUUGAUGUUAUUAUUGGUGCAGAUGGCCGCAGAAACACAUUAGAAGGUUUUAGGAGAAAGGAGUUUCGUGGAAAGCUAGCUAUAGCUAUCACUGCCAAUUUUAUAAACAGAAAUACAACUGCAGAAGCCAAAGUAGAAGAAAUUAGUGGUGUUGCUUUCAUCUUCAAUCAGAAGUUCUUCCAAGACCUUAAAGAGGAAACAGGAAUUGACCUGGAGAAUAUUGUUUACUACAAAGAUAGCACACAUUAUUUUGUGAUGACGGCAAAAAAACAGAGUCUUCUGGACAAAGGAGUGAUUAUAAAUGACUAUAUUGAUACUGAGUUACUCCUCUGUGGGGAGAAUGUGAACCAGAGCAAUUUGCUGUCCUACGCUCGAGAAGCUGCUGACUUCGCAACCAACUAUCAGCUUCCUUCCUUGGAUUUUGCAAUUAAUCACUAUGGGCAACCAGAUGUAGCAAUGUUUGAUUUUACAUCUAUGUAUGCAUCUGAGAAUGCUGCACUGGUGAGAGAAAGGCACAGACAUCAGCUCCUGGUUGCACUUGUUGGAGACAGUUUACUUGAGCCUUUCUGGCCAAUGGGUACUGGCUGUGCAAGAGGCUUCUUAGCUGCUUUUGAUACCGCUUGGAUGGUGCGAAGUUGGGCUCAAGGAAAACCCCCACUAGAAAUCCUUGCUGAAAGGGAGAGUAUUUAUCGACUCUUGCCUCAGACUACCCCUGAAAAUAUUAACAAGAACUUUGACCAGUAUACCAUUGAUCCAGGAACGAGGUACCCAAACUUGAACUCAAGCUGUGUUCGACCUCACCAGGUGAAACAAUUAUACGUUACCAAUGAGUUACAGCAAUGUUCUCUUGAAAGAGCAAGCUCCAUUAGAAGAUCAGUGAAUCUCUCAAGACGUGAGUCAGACAUUCGACCUAACAAACUCUUGACCUGGUGUCAGAAACAGACAGAAGGGUACCGUAAUGUUAACAUCACAGACCUGACUACCUCUUGGAAAAGUGGCCUUGCAUUGUGUGCAAUUAUCCAUCGCUUCAGGCCUGACCUCAUAGACUUUGAUGCACUGAACGAAGAGGACAUUGUCAAAAACAACCAACUAGCAUUUGAUGUUGCUGAGCGGGAAUUCGGAAUCCCCCCUUUGACCACAGGGAAGGAGGUGGGGUCAGCUGAGGAGCCUGACAAGCUCAGCAUGGUCAUGUACCUCUCCAAAUUUUAUGAGCUGUUCAGGGGCACACCUCUGAGGACAGUAGAUGCUGGGGAUAAGCAAAAUGGAGAAAGUAAUGAACUUUGUUCAGCAAAAUCAUCAAACUUCAUCUUUAAUAAUUACAUCAACUUAACUUUACCAAGGAAGCGAGUGCCAAAGGUUGAAGGGAAAACAGAAGAAAACGAGACUAACAAAAGACGUCGCAAAGGUCUUUUUGGUGUCUUUGAGGAGGCCUCAGGAUUUUCAAGCCAGGGGACGAGUGCUGGGAAAGAACAGAAUGAUGGCAGAGAAGGAAUAAAUCAGAAUAAAGUUAAAUCAAUGGCAACUCAACUGUUGGCAAAGUUUGAAGAGAAUGCUCCAAAUACAAUUUUUCGGAGGCAGGGAUCUCUGCGAAAAGAAUUUCCUCAGUCUAUUGGGGGGAGUGACAUUUGUUAUUUCUGCAAAAAACGGGUCUAUGUUAUGGAGCGGCUGAGUGCAGAAGGCCACUUCUUUCACAGGGAGUGCUUCAAGUGUGAAAUAUGUUCUACAACUCUCCGUUUAGGAAUUUAUGCCUUUGAUGUUGAAGAAGGUAAAUUUUACUGUAAACCUCAUUUUACACACUGCAAAAUCAGUAAUAAACACCGAAAGAGAAGAGCAACGUUACAGGUCCAGUGCAAGGAGGCAACAGAAGCCUGGAAGAAAGAAGAACUCAGAGCUACAGAGACCACCACAGACAGCACUUUAACUACUGCUAGCAGUCCAGAGGACAGGUCCCCAGGCUUCUGCCAGCCCAUGGCCGACGAGCCUACCUCCCCAAAGAAGGCAAAGAGCGUCCUGGAGCACCUCAAUGUGGAAAGCUGGUUCUCAUCUCCUGACCCUGAGUGGGCCACCGUAAGGGUCAUCCCUGAGGAGGAAAUGACAGAGCACAAUCUCCUUGCUGUUCGGGUCAUGGUCACCAGUGAUGCAAGCAGCUCUGAGGGGGAAUCUGAUUUUAAUGGCAACUCCUCCAGCUCUGAGGUGGGUGAAGGACAGACCUCGUUGCUGGAGCCCCCUGCCUGCCCAAGCCCCCCACGCCGCUGGACGUUGCUUGCCAGGAGCCCCAUGGCACCAGAGGAAAGUCACAGGGCAUCCAAAGUCAUUGAUGCGCUACAGAGAGCCAACAGCUUCCACUCCACUGCCUUGAAUAAGUAUCAGAGUUGGAGGAGAAAAAUCCAAACGAAUUUCCCUCUGCUGUCUAACAAGAAGCCUGGGCUACGGUGGAAGGACAGCUCAGCCAGCUGUCAAAGCAAUCUUGGAGAGGAUCACCCCCAAGCACAGUUGACUUCUUACAAGAAACCACCAGAAGUUACGAAGGGACAUGUCAAACCCUACAGCCCUGAAUUUCAAAGAAAAGCCAGAGAGAGGCCUCGAGAUAUCCAUCCCCAAGUGCCUCACUGUCCAUUUCAGAGCAAGGUCAAAGGUUCUCCACAGAUCUCUCCUAGGAAUGGGGCAUGGGCUGCUGGUUUUUCUGAGCAUGAAGAUAUAGGUGGUGACACUGGGACAUAUACAGGCCAGGGCUGGAAUGAAGUAAAAAAGAAUUACACCUCUGAAUCAGAAGAUUUUAAUGGGAAUACAAAAGUGAUGUCAUCUCUGCAUCUGAAAGACAAAGAUGAGAAAAAUACAAGGCACCCAGAAGAAAAGCUUGAGCAAGAGCUAAAGGAAGCAAAGAAAAGGCUGGUUCUUCACACAGAACAGCAACCCAUGUAUGAUUCAAAUGGGGUGUACUUAGGUGGAACCACCCUGCAGUGUCAAAACAAAAAAAUGCUGGGGAUUUCAAAGGAGAAGGAUACUGAAUGGAGAAGAGGUGUUUUCAAGCCAUCUGGUUGUCCUGUGCCUCUCUUAUUUGCAGAUGAUGUGCCACCAGCUUUGCCAGUUGACAGGAAAGAUGCUUUGAGGAGUCCAGACAAAACUGCCAAGGAGCAUUCAGCUGGCAGGCCAAAAUCACCACUGAGGCUCAUUGCCAAUGCGAUCAGGAGGUCCAUUUUGGAACCUCUAACUUCAUCUCCAGAAGGACUAAAGCAGGAUUCAGACAGCAAAACCAAAGCCUCUUCAGAACAAGCUUUCUUCAGCUUCCCUAGUAUUCUUGGCCAUAGGAACACUAACAACAACAGAGCAAGUAACAGUCAGCCACAGGAGCUUCAAGUAGGGAAGCAGGCAGGAGAACAUUUAGGAUGUGGAAGCCUUCUCUCAAGUGCUUCUAAGUUUUCUGCCAGUUCUGAAGAGAGAUCUCUGAGUGGUUACACUAAGCAGGCGUCCUUCCCAGUCUACAGUGCUCACAGCAGGCCUUCCAAGACCCCUAGUAUACCUCAGAAACCAACUUGCACUAGAAUAGAGGAUGUCCCAGGACUCCUAGAAAAGUUUACUUUUAAUGAAACUCCUUCAGUAGCUCCCAAGGAUGAUGUAUUAAUCAGUAAUGAAAAGUACCCUCUUGCUUCAUCUCGGGAACCCUGGAACACCCGUAAGGACAGCCUGUAUGACUCUGCACAGAAGGGUAGUCUUUCACUCUUUGAGAGGCUAAGAAGUAAGAUUUGUGAAAGAGAAGGGAAUUCCUUCGUGUCAUCUCUGCCUUUCGUGAAGGACCAUUCUGCAGAAGACAGGCUACAUUAUCCUUCCACAGGAUGUGAACUUCCACCUGUCAGGAAACAGACUGCUGAGUAUUUUACUUCUUCCUCUGAUGAUGAUGAAUUUGAAUCCAAGCCUUCAUUAACAUACAAGGCUAAAAGAUCUCUUAGAAGGAGAAGAAAGCUGGAGAAGGAGACAAAACAAUUGAUUAAACAAGAGGAGCUAAAGAGACUUCACAAAGCACAGGCAAUCCAGCGCCAACUGGAAGAACUGGAGGAAAGACAGAGAGCACUGGAGGUUUUUGGAGUUCAGUUGGAGAGAGAACUCAGAGGAGAAUCAGUUUCAGGCACACAGGAUGAAACUCAGUUGCUUCAUGAAUGGUUUGAACUGGUCCUGGAGAAGAAUAAAUUAAUGCGUUACGAGUCUGAGCUCUUGAUUGUAGCCCAAGAAUUAGAAUUGGAGGACCACCAAAGCAGAUUGGAACAAAAACUGAGAGAGAAAAUGGCCAUUGAUGACAGCCUUAAAAAUGAGAUGGAUCUAAAUGAGGAAGAUGAAAUUUUUAUUGAGAUGAUGAAAGUGGUUGAAGAAAGGGACAAACUCGUGUCUGCCUUAGAGGAGCAGAGAGUGAAAGAACAAGCAGAAGACCAGUGCUUUGAAAGCAUUCUCUUAUCAAGGGGCUGUCAGCUGAGUGGGAUUUAAACUGCCAUAUGCAAACAAAUGUAAUUUCAGCAAUAUUUGUAAGCAUGGAGGUACUGGCUUCUGAAAUUUAAGGCAGUUCAAAUUUGAAGUCUGUUUAUUUGAGAAAGGUCAUUCCGUUAUCAGGAGCUUUUAAACAGUUUCUGUGCUCACACUGAUGUGAAUCACUUCACUGUCAGCAGCAAGAAUCACAAGAAUAAAGAUGGAAUGGAUUUACCUGAGAGACACCGCAGUCUGUGAAAGAGAAACUGGCACUCCAGCGUUUCCUUGGAAUGUUAUUUUAGUGCUGAAAAUAGAGCUCUUAAGAAAAAGGAUGAUAUCACAUAGUAUUUUUGAGAUGGCAUUAUUUUCUAUCUAUUUGUCUGACUCUGUGUGGUUUCGCUUAUAUUUUGGCACAGUGAAGCCAUGAUGAACUAUUUAAAGGUCAAAAGCAAGCAUCUCAUAUAGAAAUAAGGUUAGGUUUUUUUUUUUUUUGGUGGAAAAGUCUUUUGACUAAUAAGUAAGCACUCAUUAAAACCAUUGUAAAUACAAUGUCAGAUGUGAAUUUCCUAGAUAUUCUUAUGUUUUAGAGCACCGUGUGUUUUUGAACAAGAUGUUAAAUAUCUCUAUGUUUUGUAAAAUGGUAAGGGGUCUUCAAAUGCCUAACUCCCCUAAGGCUGUGACAUACUCAAAAUAGCCUUUGUAUGUCACUGAUUAAGGUCUUCUCUAAGGUAUGCUGAAUGAUAAUUUUAUAAUACUUAUCCAGACCUGCUUCAAAGGAUGUAUUGCAAGAAGUAUCGUGAGUGGCAUAGCAGUUAACAGAUCUCCCUUACAGUAAUUCCUCAAAAGGACUGCAAAAAUUACUGAGUUUUGCAAUAGCAAUGUUUGAUAGAUAAUGCUGUGAUUACACUUAAAUUGCAUUUAUAUUGCUGCUCAAAAAUGUAUAGGUAGAUCUUUUGCUUAAAGGAAGUGCCUGCUAUCUAUUUUUUUUUCUUCUUUCUGUAGUCAUGGCAUAGCAGAUGUGCAGAAAUUCUUGUUGAUAUUCAGGAUAACUUUAUGUACUUUCUUAAAUCUGCAAUUCUGCAAUAUAAGAUUGGUAAUAUUUCAGACCUGUACAUAUGAUGCACUUCAUUUUCAAACUGAAAAACCAAGGAGACCAAAAGGCUGUUCCUUCUUGAACAUCAUUUUACCUCACACUCGGAAGAUUUGAUGUUCUCAUUAUUUCAUGACUGGUGCUUACUUGCAAGAGCUGCCUUCUUACAGCCAAAGCUACAAGCAUUCUUGUUAUGAGACAAUUAAGCUAAAUAACCUCUUGGUAACUAGCUGUAGGGUAACACAUACAGUGGAUCUUAGUACAAUAAUUUAUGAGUGAUCUUAAGUUUUCGCUGUAUUGUAAGAAAUUUAAAAUAUCCUUUUUAAAAUUAAAAAAAAAAAAGUUUUCACUGUUGACAUACAUAAUAUACCUCUUUGCUACAAGAACUAUAUUACUGUUAUGCAAUAUUUAUUUAUUUAUACUUAUUUAUUAGUCUGUGUAAGGAGGAUAAGAGUGUCAUGUUAUAUUUUACAGUUCGGGUGUUGUCUCCAAUUUUCAUAAAUAAGUUUAUUUCUAACAGUUAUUUAUAGCUAAAGGUCUGCAGAGUAAAUUAGGUAGCUUUUUCAAUUUGGUAAUCAUUAGUAAUAAAGUAUAAAUUAAGAUGUGAAUAAUAUCUCUGUGGGAUACCCUUACAACAUAACACGUAGAGCUUUAACAGUAUAAUUUGUUUUCCACUUUGGUGGAAAGACAUAGCAGGAUCCCUGAAUGCAUUCCAAAAUUACCAUCAGUCAUUUUUUUCUGCCAUUCGUAUGCUGAGCACACCUUGAUCUUCAAGUUACAUUUUUAUUGAGGUGGACUGCAGUGAUUUAUUUUAACACUCUAUUACUUCAGAUUGACACAGAGUAGAAGCAAGCAGAACAGUAAGAAAUACGUUCAUUUUCUCUGUUGAAAUCUGCUGGCAUUCCCAGUUUUGUGGAGAAAAUGUAUGGAUUUUAUCACUGUUCCCCAAAGCCUCAUGUAGUCCAGUAGAGUGAUACUGUCUAGCUCAUCUGUCAUUGUUUUCUGUAGAAAACAGAGUUGUAAUAUUUUCAGUGGAUUCUUGUUUUUUUUUUACAAGUUUUACAGCAAACUUAUUUUCUUAACGCUUUGCACAGUAAGGCAAUUCAGCACAGAAGCCCUUGGUUACAUCCAUCAAUGAUUAUUUAUUCACCUAAAUUGUAUUAAAAGCCUGUUCAUCCUCCUCCAUACAAGGAAGAGGAGGGGAAGGGCAGCCCCAGAAGAAUGUGAAGCAGGCCCUCUGCCAAAGUCCAACCUGCUCACCCAGGGCCUGGGCUCAGGUCACUCUGUGGUGCAGACAGGCCUUGAGACUUCACCUUACAGCAGAUUCUUGUUUGGCCAUUGAGAGCCGAGAGAGGCAGCAGAAGUUGAGAGCCAUCAGCAUCUAAUGGACUAUACAGAUAUUCACUGCUGAAAUGAUACUUUUCUAUAUGCUGUGCAGUGAUAACACACUCCAUCUACAACUGCAGGUCCCACAUGUCUACUCUUGGGUGGAAAACCUGGCAGGCUACUGCUACCCUUACUGAUACUGAGUGCCUCACAAGAUUAGAUCCAAAAACAAACUAUGCAGGCAAAGCAGGAAAAGAAUUCUUGAGCAAUUUAAAGCAAGUCUUUGUAUUGUGUGAAUAGAGGAGGCAGAAGAAAUAAGCUAUGUGCUCUGUUUGCAAGUCAAUUUAAUGUGGCUGGCAUGUAUUACAAAUCUGUUUAAACAUGUUUUGUUAUGAGUGUUCUUACUGCUUGAUCUUUUCUGUAAAUUGACUCAUUAACAUACACUGGAUUUGUUGGGGUAUUUUUUUUUCUUUUUUUUUUUUGUUUUUUCAGUCCUUGGCACUGUUGUUGUUGGGUAUAAUGUGAUGUGCUGGAAUGUAUUGCCAUGUCUAAAUGGGCUGGAUGUGAGCAAUUUUGUAUUUGAAUAAAUAAAAUUGCAUCUCAUUCUCUGAAGUGCUUGUGAGUCAUUUCCAUAGUAAUUUCUCUCCUCUGGUACCUACAGUAUAGUAAUGUAUGUCUAGGAAAAAUCAGUGGGUAAGAAAUUGUAUCAGUUCUUUAAUCAUAUACUGCGAAGUAAAUUACCCUGUCUUGCAGUUCACAGAUGCAUUUUGUAGUUUAGAAAUAAUGACACCCUGAAGCUGGACGGUAUGCAACUCUACUUCUAAUACAACAGGUUGUGAAAUCCAUGAGAUAACAACUUUCUUACACAGGAAUUCACAACCUAAUUUCCUUGGACACGACAUCCAAACUGUAACAACUCCCUGAAGACUUGAAGAAAAAGUGUCCAUGUGGAUCACUAAGAAUUGGUGAUCAAAACCUUACAUGCUGAUUUUCAAAUUCCCAUAACUUUCCUUAUAGUAGGUCAUCUCAUUUUGUUGCUUUUUACCAGUGGGGAAGCCUUUCAGAGCAAGACAAUGUGCUGUUCAAGAUGAGAGAAGCAAGACUGGAGCUUAUGUUAGCAUCUGCACUGUCGUUCAUAUCUCAGUGGCUUUAAACUGCUUGAUAAUUCCUCCUCUUCAGAUGGCAGAUGGACAACAGCAGCUUCCCUUUGAGGUCAAGGUAAUUUCUGGCACAUUUGAACUGAGCUUUUUCUUCUACUAUUUCAUACUUUCCAUUUUGUGUGCCUGAGAGACUGCCAUGGUAGUAACUCCCUGUACUGUACUGCUCACAGGAAUUACCUGCCUGCUGGGUUUAUUGGAAAUAAUACAUCAAACUUUUAUCUGUUUUUAACACCUCUCAGGGGUCAGGUGACCAUGUAGGGGGUUUGGCUGUCCCAGAGCACAGCGUGGGGAGGAAUGCCACCAAAGAAUUUACUGAGGCUCCCCUCCUAUUUGCUCCUUCUAUCUUCGUAAGAUUCUGUGCCCCAAAAAAAGCCAAUUGGGCAAGGAUUUCGGGGAAUGGAUUUUGUAAGCUAUUAUUUGCCCCAAGAUCAAUCUGUUUGUGCUCAAGGUAAAGGAAUGCCUUACUGGUUUUUAUACUGUUUGGCUGGGUUUCUCUGGGCACAGGCAGUGAACUUGGACUUAUUCCUCAAACUACUUUUUAGCCUAAGGCAUAUGUGAUUUCCACGAAGAAUUUCACUUUUGUUCAGCACUUUCUUUUCAGAAAGAUAUACUCUGUUUUCUUCCUCGUGUAAGCACGUACCAGAAUGUGCCCUAGCAGGUUGGAGGUUCUGUGUAUCUUGUAAAAUGUUGCUGUUCUUAAGGCCUAAAACUGUCUUUGCUGAGUUCUGCAUGGACCACAUGGUUGUUCGCAGAGUCCAGCACAAUGGAUUUACCAUGGUAGCGUGUGAAAACAAUCCCCACAAUCUUCAUGGCAGCCAUACCUCAUGAACCUGGCAAAUACCUGGUGAUAUACAAAGUGCAAACUGGAUUUCACCUAAAUCAUUAUGCCCCUAAUAUCUAUGAACAAACCACGGGGUUCUUCUCAGAUGGUUUCUUCUGCUGUUUCCAGUGAACCACUGAUAGAGGUCCAGUGGCCCUGUGUGCCAGCAAUGUGCUUGCUGGAAUACUGAUGUAACAGAUGCACAAAAUCAUGGGCUCAAUUGAAAGGCACAAGCAAUGCUUAUUAAGAAAGAUUCCUGAUACUGAUUUUUCCUAAAACAGUCUCAACAUGGUCAGAUGCAAAUGCAUAUACAUUUGGCCAUGCACUCAUAGAUGACAAAUUGACAGAACUACAUGUGGCUAGAAGCAUUAAGUACCAGAAUGAUAUUUGCACCUGACAUUUCUCUUUGAAACUUCUAAAAUAUUCAAUCUCUGUAGCUGUAUACAAUACAUAAUCUUUUGUUAGAUUUCUACACUGCCUCUUUUACUGUGCUGUUGAAUGUUACUCAGUGGGGAGGUAUGGGGGAGGGCACGUUCAGUAGUUAACUAUGCAGAAUUGGCAGUUGGAUGGCUGAGGGCAAACGUGUGGAGAAAUGAAAAGGGUAGACUUGGGUCUAGUUCUGUUCCUCCUGAAGCCAGCAAAAAGAUUUGCUGUAAGCAGUUACAGCAAUAACAGUGG